AUUAACAGAAUUUGAAUAUGCACAAAGGUAAACAUUUUUUUUCGCCGCAAAAAGGUAUACUUACUUGGAUUAAGAAGUAAACAUUUUUUGUAUUCGUGGCCGGCCUCAUUCCUAAAUUACUGGAUCCGCCAGAGAUUUCCAAUAAUUAGCAACAACUUUCUCCACAAUCCCUUAUAAAUGUCUAUCACCCCCUCAAUCCUUUCAUUAACCCAAAAACAAUCCAAAAAAAUUAUAAAAACCAUAUUAUUCCCAUAAUAAUUUGAUCAUAACAAAACAUCCAUAAUUUUGCAAUGAGUUCUCCUUCCACCAUCUUCUCCCUUCUCCUCCUCCUCCUCCUCUCUACGAAAGCUUUUUCGUACGAAGAUCUCGUCACAAAAACAUGUAAAGAAGCAUCAAAAAAUAACAAAAAAAUAGACUAUAACUUCUGCGUCAAUGCCCUAAAAAGUUACCCUACAACAAAAUCUUGUACCAAUGGUCUUACAUGCCUAGGAAAAGUCUCCCUUACCUUAGUGAAAAACAAUGUAAGUAAAACAACUUCUAUGAUACAAACUCUCCUUAAGAACAAUGAUAAGGCCAUUGAUCCGAACACGAAAGCCGUGUUAGCCGAUUGCUCGGAUUUGUACGUCGAGUCGAGCUCGACGAUUGAUGAAGCAACAAAAGAUUUUAUGGCUAAUCGACUCAACGAUGCAAAUAGUAAAGUUAGCUCGGUUAUGACUUCUGUUGGUACUUGUGAAGAAGGGUUUCAAGAUCUUGGAGUUGGAUCUUCUAAUCCUUUGACAAAACAGAAUGAUAAUGCUUCUAAUUUGUGUUCUUUAGCCCUUUACAUCAUGAAAUCGGUUAACAAGACCUCGUAAUUAUAAUUUAAUCGGAUACUUUCUCUGUUCCUAAAAUAUUGCACGGAGAGACACGGGAAUUAACAAAGUAGGUAAAAGGCGGUCGGGAUGACUCGAAUGUGAUAUAUUGAAUAUUUGUAGUGUGAAAUGAUAUUAAUUGGAUUUUCUUAAAUUGAACUUGUUAUAUUCA